AAAUCUCAAAUGUCAGUCGUGUGCGUGCUUCGAACGAGUGAGGAGGGUUGUUGUUAGUGUCGUGUCUACAAGGACUCCGAAAACAAAACUCUUUUUUCUAAAACGAAAGAACGAAGAUAAAAAAAACAAGAUAAUUUCUUGAAAAAAAAAAAAAAAAGAAAAAAAAUGUUACCAUCACCAAGUAACACGUGGCAAUCAUCGUAUUAUUACAAUGAUAAUAAUAAUUAUGCUUAUUAUCGUACCACUGCUAUCAAUUUGGAAGAUGCAAGUAAAUCGGUGAAACCAGCAAGAACAUUAAAGUUCGUACCACGAAGUACCAAUAAUAGUGCACGAAAUUUUUCACUCCAAAAAAAAACUACUUUACCACGAACGAUACGUUUAACGGAAUAUCAAGAAGCUGUACUUGAGGAUCAAUUUAAAAGAUGGCCAAGGGCACCUCACACAGGUGAUAUUGUUCUAUUGGCAGCUGAAACAGGUCUAUCCGAGGAUGAUGUUCAGGAUUGGUACGCCAUAAGAUUGGCUCAAUGGAGAAAGGAACAAGGUCUUGGUGGAAAUUUAGGAUUACACUGAUUUCGAAUAAUUUCAAAAACAAAAACAAAAA